AUGAGGGCCGACGAGGAAAAGACGAUAGGUCUUGAUGGGAUUCAGCGAUCGGAAACAAAAGAGGAAGAGGCCGUGUCCUCUGGAAGAGCACAAAGUCGUGGGAGGCGAUCGCAAGACAGCAAGAGCCUAAAGAGAACUGAGUCACAUCACUCGAGAGCAGGCGCUGACGGGUACACCUGGCACCAUAACGGAGAUCAGAGCAGCCAACGACCGAAGAGAGCCAAGGCAGGUGUUGUGACCCCAGAGCCGUACUUGGUGACAUUCGACGGCGAUGCAGACCCAGAGAAUCCACGGAGCAUGUCCACCCUACGACGAUGGGCUAUCGUGUUGAUCUGUGCCGCUAGUUCGCUCUGUGUAACUUGCACAUCGUCGCUUUACACGUCAAUCUACGGUCAGAUCGAACCCGAGUUCGGAUCUUCUCGGCUCGUGUGCACGCUCGGCCUCUCGCUAUUUGUCGCGGGUCUGGGGACUGCUCCGAUGAUUCUGAGCCCCCUUUCUGAAUUUUUUGGUCGACGACCCAUCUAUAUUGGCUCGUUCACCUUUUUCCUCAUUUGGCUUAUUCCCUGUGCUGUUGCUCCCAACAUGCAGACUAUGUUGAUCGCAAGAUUCUUCGACGGCCUGGCAGGCUCGGCGUUCCUCAGUGUGGCGGGCGGUACUGUGGGGGACAUGUUUGCAAAACAUGAACUAUCUGCUCCGAUGAUGGUCUAUACGGCAGCCCCGUUCAUUGGACCGGAAAUAGGGCCACUGGUUGGCGGCUUCAUUGUUGAGAACACUUCCUGGCGAUGGUGCUUUUAUGUACUCAUCAUUUGGUCCGGACUUCAGCUUUUCCUGAUUGUGUUUUUCGUGCCUGAAACCUAUCACCCCGUUCUGCUCCGCCGCAAAGCUAUCCGUUUGCGAAAGGAAACUGGAAAUCAAGAAUGGAUCGCAGCUAUCGAGAAACUCGAUCGAUCUAUUGCAAAGACGGUGCUGUGGUCAUGCAUCCGCCCAUUUCAACUACUCUUCUUUGAACCAAUGUGCCUCAGCCUGUGCAUUCUAUCCGCGAUCUUACUUGGAAUCCUGUACCUUUUCUUUGGCGCCUUCCCAUUGGUCUUCCGCACCAAUCAUGGUUUCAGCGUCUCUCAGGUUGGUCUUGCAUUCUUAGGCUUGCUCAUGGGCAUGCUCACAGGUGUCUUUACCGAUCCAAUUUGGAGGCGAAUCUAUGGCAGGCUCGUGCGGCAGCGCGAGGCGCAAGGGGGAGAGCCUGGGGGUUCAGAACCAGAGUAUCGGCUUCCAUCGACAAUACUUGGCGCUUGGGUCGUUCCUAUUGCACUUUUUGUCGUUGACCUCGCCGACCAGUACCCAGUUUACGCCGCAAGUGCCCUAGCCGCGAACUCAUUCGCGAGGUCGUACUUCGCAGCGGCCUUCCCUCUGUUCGGUGUUCAAAUGUACAACAAUCUUGGAUAUCAAUGGGCGACAUCCUUGCUCGCGUUCCUUGCCCUCGCUAUGGCCCCAUUUCCUAUCUUAUUCUUUCGAUUCGGCAAGCGGCUCAGGGGCAACAGUAAGUUUGCAUCAGCAUAG